CUCGGAGCAUCAUUCUCCAUUUUGAGGGUGAUCUACAAACCCACCGCGAACGAUUGCCAUGUUUAGCGUGUUAACAUUUAAUCUCCCGGCUCGUCGGGUUGCAUCUUUUUAACAGGGGGCAUAGCUAAUUACGAGUCCGUAUAUAUAAAGCCUCGACUACGCCUUUCGAUUGUUCACGGGAAUUGUUAUCGCCUGAGUCAACGUUUUCCGCGCAGCUCGACAAGAUGAUAUCCUUAGCCCUCUUCACCGGCCUCCUCCUCGCCUCAUCGGGAUCCGCCCGCCCCGCCAAGCGCGGUACGGGAGAAAUUAAGUGCCCCGUGGUACUUAGCGGAUUCGUGCCGGCAGACAUGACGCCAACGGACUUCGACUCGUACGCAACGAGCCCUUUCAACCCCGACUACAUCCGCGGCACCGAGAAGUUCUCGCAGAUCCUGCAGUUUCCAGAAGUCGAGGCCUCUCGCUUCGAUAACGCUAGCACAAGGGCCGUCGAGGUUACUAUCAACGACAAAUCCAUCUUCCAGACGCAGAAUGGUUUCCGCCGUGCCGGUCUCCAGAUCCAGGGAGACACGAAUGAAAAUAGCCCCGGUACCCAGGGUGUGAAGACUUUACAUUUCAGCGUCAAGCAAGACGCCGAGAGGACUUUGAACUUGACUCAUGAGUACUUGAACGUCUGGCACGAGAGCGCAGACUACAGCGCCAACCAAUUCAACUUCCAGAGCGGUACCAUCAUCGGCAAAUCUGGCAGCGACAAGAACAGCUUCAAGGUUCUGAAUCGCCAGAACACCCAAGUAUGGUCAACCCCCAUCGACGCCACCGCCUGGCAAAACUUUGCCAUUACUCUCGACUUCGUGAAGAACACCCUCCAGGUCUACUACUCAAAGGACGACGAGCCCCUCGAGGCCGUCACCGAGGCGCUGCAGAACGACAACAGCGGCGGUGGCCAGUACCAGAUCGGCAUCCUGAAGAAGCCCACAGGUACUUCCGACGUCGUCAACUCUGGCUACCAGGAGACCGGCAUCAAGGAGGGCCAAAUCUAUGGAGGUAUUUUCCUCGAGGACAGCGCAGAUGGUUGCGUUUCGCUAUAAGCUCGUGCUUUAAGAAUACGGAAACGAGCAUAGAACUCAAGUAACUGGCUGAAUAGCCUUAGAUCUAUCUACAAGUACAUGAUAUAGAAAUAAAACUUAUGGGGAUCACAUAUCUACGCGUACUCACUACCUAGGUCGAGAAGUGUCACAUCAGAAAUAAAAACGAG